UCUCUGGGAGUUAUAAUGAGUUAUCAUCAGGGGACUGAGGGUGGAGCCAUCCCUAAAGAAAGACUGAACGAUGGGUCACCAAACAAGGAUCUUGAUGAGACCAUGGACCCUGAUAUGAAGAGCAGGGCCCAACCAGAGAUGGCAGAGUCUGUUUCAUCUGGUUAUUUAUCAAUGAAGAGUGACCAAUCCAUGAAUCACCCUUUUCAUUUCAAAGGGACAGGAGAGGUGGUCUGUGAUAUCUGCUCUGAGGUCCAAGCUGUGAAGUUCUGUCUGACCUGCAGUGUGUCCUACUGUGAGACCCACAUCAGACAGCACUAUACAAUAGCAGCACUGCAGAGACACACACUGGUGGAUGUGAAUGGAGACCUGGUGCAGAAACUCUGCCAACAUGUCUACAGUCCUCUGGACGUGUUCUGCAGGACAGACCAGAUGCUGAUCUGCAGUCAGUGUGCAGAGACAAACCACAAAGGACAUGAUACCACUCUCCUUAAAAUAAAGAAAUCUGGAAGACAGCCUAAGAGUUUUGAUGGAGACCAACACACAACGUUGACCUCAGAUGAUGUGCUGCCCCCUCCUGGUGACUUCCAGGUCCUGUUGCUGACAUUAGAUUCUGUGUCUCUGAGCUGGAGUUCUCCUCAGGGGCUGACAGGACCACAGACAUUCAGAGUGACCUGGGGGUGUGACGGUGAAACAAGCUCAACAAGAGUGAAAGAUGUGUAUCAUCUUAAAAUAAGCAGUCUCAAACCUGGUGAAAAGUACCAGUUCAGUGUGGCCACAGAGGGAGAAGAUGGCAGACAAAGCAGAUGGGUCUCAGCAUCUUUAUUCACAGUGGUCCCACCCAGAGACUUAAAGGUAGAACAUUUGAAAGAUACCUCCUUCACUCUCCACUGGUCCAAGGCUGAAGGGAUGGAGAAAGUCCCACAGCGCUUCCUCAUAACCUUCUACAACCCAGGAACAGAGCUCCAUGCAGAGAAUACUAAAGACUGCCACAACACAUUCUCAAGCCUGCAACCUGGUACUGAGUACACUGUCAGCAUCUCUACUGUGCUGAACAAUGGGGAAGAGAGUGAACCUGUCUUUACAACCAUCUGCACUAUACUUCCUGCUCCAGACCAGCUGACUGUUGACUCAGUGGACACCACAUCAGCUGCUGUUAGCUGGAACCAGCCACCAGGAUUGGACCAAACCCAACAUCAUUACCAGAUCUCCUACCGCUGUCCAGGGACAGAACCACACAUCACUACCACGUCUUCACACAGCAUCACUCUCUCUGACCUGCAAGGUGGUACUCAGUACUCUGUCACUGUCUGCACUGUGCUGGAAAAUGGAAAGCAAAGUCAACUGGUGUCAACAACCUUCACCACAAGUAAGGAAUUACCCUACUAUAACCGGUGUCAAGUAUUAAAAGUGUAG